GGGUUGUUUUUCCAGUAACUUGGAUCUUUCGAAGCACCUCCUUGCCUAAUGCCAUGAAUAUUGCAGUGAACAAUGUGGAAGAAAAAGCUGUCCAUUCCUGGUCGAGAAUUUCCUCUGCGGGACAGAAAGUGCUGGAGGAAGCUCUCCGAGUCUUCAACCCGAUGUCUAAGGACCUCUCAGACACGGAGACCCAGCUGGUGGCAUUUAUUCAGAGCCUCAAGGAGGAGGGCUACCAGCCCACGAUUCUGAGGAGUAAAGAUGUGUAUGGUUACAGUUCCUGUACAGCAGACACCCCUAAGCAAACCAAAGGGAGCACGCAGCGGGUUCCCACCGCCGCCACAGCCACGUCUGACCCUGCUAAAGCUCCAGCUCGGAGCACUGCAGCUGUGACAAAGGUGUCUCCGUCAGCCACGGGCGUUUCGGUGACCUCCAAGGUCUCUGCUAAACCUGCCUCUAAGGCGAGUUCCACAAACCUGCUGCUGAACUCCCUCAAGCAGACGAGGUCUGGCACGUCCAAGGCCUCGGCAGUAGGUUUUCCUGCCAACAUGUAUCCCGAGGUGUAUCCAGCAAUGAGACUGUCUGUGGUUCUGGAAGCCCUGGUGCCUCUCAAAGCCACCGCGUCCUGCUUGGAAUCCAAGUGCAAACAGGGACGUCUGGGAAUCUCGCCCUCGGACCUUAAACUCCUGCAGGCUUCGAGCCCACCAAGGGAGUCUUCCUCGGGCAAGGCCUCUAAAACAAAAGAAACGAAGGGGAGUAAGCGCUUGAUGAGGAGGAAAGCACCAGAUCCCACCAGCCUCGCGCUGAACCUUCUGAAGGGACCAAAGGGCGGCGUGCUGCAGGAGAGCAACGCUUGCAAAGCCUCGGGCGUCCUCAACGGGAGAGUCACAGGGAGCUCCUCCCAAGGCGGCACCGGCACAACGCAGCCCAAGGCUUUGAAAAUCAAAGCUAAGGAGGCUCCCGUGGGGAAGACGGAGUGGAAGGACAGCAGCAGCCACCAGGAGACUGUCGGACCGAAGAGGAAAAGAGCUGCAGAGGUGAGAGAAGCGCCGCAGCAGAAGAGAGCAAAUACCAUUCCUGUCCCAAAUAAACCUCAGCAGGCUCAGAGCACUUUGAAUUUGCUGAAAUUCCAAGCAAUCAAGGUGGACAACUCUUCCGAUGACGAAGUGAGGAGGAGAGCACAGAAAAUUCUUAGGGUCAACCUGUCCCCCGUGAUCCGAAUUCAGCCCUUGUCUCAUUCUCACAGUGUCCCCUGAAUUUCUUCACUUUGUCACUUCUUUUUUUCUGUAAGUAUGAGCCAGGCGCCAGAAUGCAGAGAAAUUUCAGAGCAACUUUGGAUCUCUAGGUGACCACACGUCGACUUAACACCUGCAGAUGGAGCAGUCCGCUGUUUCUGGCUGUUUCUACCAGUGCUGUGCAGAGCAUAAGGACGAAGCCACGUUUACGAGGACGGCAUGGGCACUCCUUGCCCCCGGCAAGCCGAGCAGGUCAAAGCGUUCGCUUUCUGCGGGGUCUUUUCGGAACGUGCCAGGCUGUGCUCUCGUGCAGAGGGAGAACACGCGACUUUCUCGUGACAUUGAUGCACUGUGACAUUUGCUCUUUUUCAAGCUGUACAUGUACUGGGUUUAUUUUGAUCAAAUUUUAUAACUUUAUUAUCUAUAUAGCUAUAUAACUAUAUAUGUGCAUAUUGCCCAGCACCUGUGGGAAGAUGCACUUCCUCCACCCCUCUGGGAUUGGGUUCAAUAGCUUUUGCUCCCCUUCCCCUUCAGCCAGUCUUUUGUUGAAAGGUGCCAGGAUUUCUUUGUGAUUCAGUGUUGCGACGGUCUGGUCUGGGCUCUCUCCAGCAGCUCAGAAGCAGGCAGAGUUCCAGCCACUUGUUUGACUCCAAAAACGCCAUGCCAUUCUGGAGAAAGACCAGCUGAUAGUUGAGUAUUGUUUUAAUUGUACUUUUGGUAUUACCACCGCACAGAAGCAGGGGGUGUUGCUGGGCUGUUGCCUGCAGGUCUGCCUGACACUUCCAGGUGCCUCCUCCGUUUGUUGGUAGCAGAAGCUCUGAACUCGUCCUACAGGUUUGGCCCCAAAGAGCAGUUCUGUUUUAGAUCCCAGUGCUGUUUUGCUCCCUUGUCCCGCGGGUGCAAAUUUAGAAAAUGAACUUGUGACUGUUGCCAGUUUAAGAGCUGGGACUGUUAAUAGCAAUUACUGUCUCUUUCCUGCCCACAAAUGAAGCGUUUUGCAGUUGCUGAAUGUUUCAGGAGCAGAUUUUUGGUGCCAGUAGAGAGGAGGCCUGCUGUGCUAGAAGGUAUUAGAUACAUCCUGCCUCUCCCUGGGUU